AUGUCUAGCGCUCUACCUUGGUUCUUGAAAACGUCUCUUAAUCGAGAAAACGGCACAGGCCUCGUACUCGGCUACACGUUCUGGUACUUAGCCCAGCACCGGCAUGCGCAGCUCCGGAUCCGUGCCGAACUCGAAGCCGCCGGUAUCGACAUGACAAAAAGACCAGCACCGGAAACAGAUGUCUCCAUCUCCCCGGACUCUAUUCCGGUAGCUCUCGAGAAGGUCAAAUACUUGGACGCCGUCAUUUGCGAAUCUUUAAGAAUGCGGCCCACCAGCACAUUAUUACCACGAAUUACUCCGUCGGAUCGCCGCAUUUCUCUAGCGGGCGUGGAUAAUAUACCACCCGACACACGAGUAAACGCAUUUCAAUGGUUCGUGCAUCGCGACCCCGAGAAGUGGGAAAAGGUUGAUGAAUGGGUGCCAGAGCGAUGGCUGGGACGGGAUGGUCUUGGGAGAAAGAAUGACCGGGAGGAUGUGCUUUGGGCCUUUGCAAGUGGACCAAGAAUAUGCCUCGGUAACAACUGGACAUUCUACGGUGAGGUCCUCUCCUUAUACCAUUUUGGUCUGUAA